CGCUCAAAGAAAGGGCGGCCGUGGGGCCGCCUCCCAGCGCGCGCCGCCAUGCGCGGGCUGGCGGCCCCGACGCGUUCCAUACCAAGCCUGGCCCGCGGCUCUUGCUCUGCGCCGCCCUCGCGCUGGCGUCCGGCGCCACCUCGGAGCGCGCCGUGGCGGCGCUGGAGCCCGGUGGGCCUCCUGCGCGGUCCAGGAUCGACUGGCAGGUGGGCAGCCACCACCUGGCACGACGACACUGCCGCGACCAUCCCGGAACCUGUGCGGGUGAGCCUCGACAACCAAGGCCGCCAGGCGCUCCUGGUCCGCCGCGAGGACAGGGACCACCAGAGCGCGCGCGGCGGAGCGGCGAGCCUCCCCGACGGUCAGCCCACAGCGCCCAGGCGGGAGGGCACCGGCGCCACGCCGAUGCUGGGCCAGCUCCGGGAGGACGCCGGCGCCGCUGCCAUCGGGGCGGGCGCCGCCGGCACCUCCGAGAGCCUCGACAACAGGCUCGCCAGGCUGGGCGAGCAGGGCGCCACGCGCACGGCGGCCGUGGCAGACCCUGGCGAGCCCGCUAGCUCACGGGACCUGGUGAAGGUCAUCGACACCGUCAGCCGUGGCCAGCCCAUCGUCUCGGGGCCUGCCGCGGGAGCACAGCCUGGCGGCGAGAGCGGCCGCCUGGUCGAGCCGGCCUCGCGAGAACCCGGCAGCGCCGGCCCGGCGGGCCGCGAGAGCGUCGGCCAGGCGAGCCAGAAGUCCGAGCACGCCGCCCCGGGCGGAGACGGCGACGCCCAGGCCGCCGAGGUCGAGGAAAACAAACCGCGCGGGCGCUCGUGA